AUGUUAACGGCACACAAAAUCACCGUUCUUAUAAAUAUAUUUUUUAUAUUUAGUAACUAUAAUAAUAUUAAAGCACAUUUAGUAUCUUAUCCUUCAUUAACAUCAUUAUAUGGAACAUCUUUAAAAUAUUUUUCUGUGGGUAUCUUAUUUACAUUCAAUCCUAUUAUUUUUAUAAUAUUUGUAUAUUCUAUUAGAGAAAGUUUUUAUUCUAUAUUUUCAUCAUUAGUAUCAGGAAUGUUAUCUAUAAUUAUAUCUGAAGCAAUAUUAUUUAUUACAUAUUUUUGGGGUAUUUUACAUUUUAGUUUAUCUCCAUAUCCAUUAUAUAAUGAAGGAAUUAUUUUAACAUCAUCAAGAAUGUUAAUUCUAACUAUUACAUUUAUUUUAGCAAGUGCAUCAUGUAUGACAGCAUGUUUACAAUUUCUAAUAGAAAAAGGAAUGAGUUUAGAAAUUUCUAGUAUUGUAUUUAUAAUAUACUUACUUGGAGAAUGUUUUGCAUCACUUCAAACAACUGAAUACUUACAUUUAGGAUAUUGUAUAAAUGAUGCUAUAUCUGGUACAUUAUUUUAUUGUGUUACAGGUUUACAUUUUUCACAUGUUAUAGUUGGUUUAUUAUUAUUAUUAAUAUAUUUUAUAAGAAUAGUUGAAAUGUAUGAUACUAAUAGUGAAUGGUCAUAUUCAUUAUAUGGUAUAUCUUAUAUUGUAUUACCUCAUACUGAUCAAAUUACAAUAUUAUACUGGCAUUUUGUUGAAAUUGUAUGGUUAUUUAUAGAGUUCUUUUUCUAUUCAGAAUAA